AUGGGUGCAAGGUUUGCUUGGUCGCCAAAUCCACUCUUGGGUGUGACUCGCUCCCUCAAGACGGCCAAAUGCUCGACCUUCCCACCAGCGCUCUACAACAAUCGCACAUCUCGCAGUUCGUACCUCUGGAUCCCGCUCAGGAUGGCUGCUUCGAUGACUUCUCAACCGCCCGCGGGCCAGGAGACUGUGGAAUGGCCGGCGUUGCGCGUGCGUGAUACGUUUCUGGACUAUUUCAAGAAGAACGGCCAUUCGUUCGUGCCCUCCUCCUCCGUCGUCCCAUUGUCGGAUCCCACCUUGCUCUUCACCAAUGCGGGGAUGAAUCAGUAUAAGGGCAUUUUCUUAGGCACCGUUGACCCCAAUUCGGAUUUUGCACAGUUAAAGCGUGCGCAUAACUCGCAGAAGGAUCUCGACGAUGUUGGAAAAGACAGUUAUCAUCAUACUUUCUUUGAGAUGCUGGGAAAUUGGAGUUUCGGAGAUUAUUUUAAGAAAGAGACCGUUCAAUUCUCUUGGGAGCUUCUCACAAAGGUCUACGGUUUAGACCCGGAUAGACUCUACGUGACCUAUUUUGAAGGAAACGAGGAAGCUGGCGUCGGGCCCGAUAUAGAAGCUAGAGAUCUAUGGCGGAGUGUCGGAGUUAAAGACGACCACAUCCUGACAGGUGAUAUGAAAGAUAACUUCUGGGAGAUGGGAGACCAGGGACCAUGCGGACCUUGCAGUGAAAUCCAUUAUGACAGAAUUGGAGGCCGAAAUGCCGCCCAUCUCGUCAACCAGGAUGACCCCAACGUCCUCGAGAUCUGGAACAACGUUUUUAUACAAUAUAACCGCGAGCCUGACAGGUCCUUGCGCCCACUCCCAAAUAAGCAUAUCGACACCGGUCUAGGUUAUGAGAGACUGGUAUCGAUUCUCCAGGACAAAUCGUCUAAUUAUGACACCGAUGUCUUCACGCCCCUAUUUUCUGCUAUUCAAAAUAUUACAGGUGCUCGGCCGUAUGCGGGCAAAUUCGGUGCUGAGGAUGCUGAUGGCGUUGACACUGCCUACCGAGUCGUUGCUGAUCAUCUUAGGACUCUGACAUUUGCCAUUACUGACGGAGCAGUGCCCAACAACGAAGGGCGAGGUUAUGUCGUCCGACGAGUGCUCAGAAGAGGUGUACGUUAUGCCAGGAAAUACCUAAAGGUCGAGAUUGGCAGUUUCUUCUCCAAGCUUGUUCCAGCCCUCGUGGAACAGAUGGGCGACAUGUUCCCAGAAAUCAAACGAAAACAAAACGAUGUCAUGGAGAUUUUGGAUGAGGAGGAGGUAUCCUUUGCCAAAACCCUUGACCGAGGAGAACGCCAGUUUGAGCAUUAUGCUCAGCAAGCCCAGGAAGCUGGCGCUGGAAAACUACAUGGUGCUGAUGUGUGGCGACUGUACGAUACCUUUGGAUUCCCUGUUGAUCUUACCCGCCUUAUGGCAGAAGAGCGACAGUUGACCAUCGACGAUGUUGAAUUUGAAGAUGCUCGUCUAAAGGCCAAGGAGGCCAGUAAAGGUCAAGCCAAAGCGGCAUCUGACCUUCUCAAACUCACGGUUCACAGCUUAAGCACUCUAGAGAAGAAGGGUGUUCCAAAGACCAAUGACGAUGCCAAGUUCGGAAGAGGAAACAUUGUUGCUCAUAUCAAGGCUAUCUGCCAUGGCAAGGAAGUUAUUGACUCGACGAAGGAUAUCCCCGCCGAUGAACAAAUCGGCAUCAUUCUCGACAAGACUAAUUUCUACGCUGAACAAGGUGGACAGGAAUACGAUACUGGAAAAAUCGUCAUCGAUGGGCAGGCCGAGCUAGAUGUCCAGAAUGUCCAAAUGUACGGCGGCUACGUUCUACACACUGGCUUCAUCAAGUACGGUAGCUUCUCCAUCAACGACUCCGUCAUCGCAGAAUAUGAUGAACUCCGCCGAUGGCCAAUUAGAAACAACCACACAGGCACCCACAUCCUCAACUUUGCUCUCAGGGAGGUGCUGGGCGACGGCAUUGACCAGAAGGGCUCUCUCGUCGCAGCCGAGAAACUACGUUUCGAUUUCUCCCACAAGUCCGCUGUCUCAGACAGUGACUUGGAAAAGAUCGAGGCCAAGUCUACUGACUACAUCCGCCAAAACUGUGCUGUCUACUCGCAAGAGGUACCUCUGGCUACGGCCCGUGAAAUCACCGGUGUUCGCGCCGUAUUUGGAGAAACAUACCCCGAUCCUGUACGCGUGGUAUCCGUUGGUGUCGAGCUCGACGAAAUCCUAAAGAACGUCAAAGAUCCCCGCUGGGAAGGUGUCAGCAUUGAAUUCUGCGGUGGAACCCACGUCCAAAAGACUGGCGACAUCAAAGACCUUGUCAUUCUUGAAGAAAGCGGUAUCGCUAAGGGAAUCCGCCGCAUCAUCGCCGUAACAGGCGAGGAGGCACAUGAAGUCCAGCGUAUCGCUCGUGAGUUUGGUGAGCGUCUUAAUCGAUUCGAGAAAAUGUCUGCCGGCCCCGAGAGGGAUGCCGAAACAAAGAGCCUGCAAGUCGACCUAAACCAGCUUACCAUCUCUGCCGUUGAGAAGGCCAAAUACCGCAACCAGUUUACCCAGGUCCAUAAGAAAAUCACGGAUGCCCAAAAGGCCGCUCAGAAGGCCGAGGUGAAGACUGCCAUUGACGCCAUCGCUGCAUACUUCGAGGAGAACAAGGAUAGCCCGUCACUGAUUAUCAAGCUACCUAUUUCUGCUAACCAGAAGGCGAUUAGCGAGUCAUUGGCCCAUGUUAAGACGAAGUUGAGUGGUAAGGCGCUAUAUGUCUUUGCCGCAGAUUCAUCCAAGGUUGCCCAUGGAUGCUACGUCACUUCGGACCUGGCCGCCAAAGGGGCAUCAGCCAACGAAUGGGCUAGUGCUGUGUCUGGCAUCAUCGGAGGCAAAGCAGGAGGCAAGGCACCCGUCGCGAUCGGCAACGGUACUGAGGUCAACAAGGUUGAUGAAGCCCUGGAUGAAGCCACAAAGUAUCUUGAAAAAUUCAAACUUUGA